GGAUUCUGCUCUCUGCGAGGCUCGGGCACUCUCGCUGUCAGCUCCCCCCCGUGCCAUGCCGCGGGCUGUCAGCUCGGGAGGACAUCAGCGUGGCUGGGUUAUUGUUGCCUGUCCCUUCUCUGGCUGUGCAGAUUGCUUAAGAGAAAGGCACUCUGUGGAGUUUGACCCGUGAGCCCUGAGAGUGAAAAUAACGCGCGGCUCCUCACCAGAGCCACGGGACACCGAGAGACGGACUCCGGGCCAGUGGUUUAACUUUGACUAUCGCUAGUCCUCCUCGUUCCUUGGGACACCGUUAACGGCUCCGCUGGCAAAUCCCGACCCUCUGGCAAUAUUUAAGCUGCCUGUCAGUUGGCAGAGGCUCGGUGGUGCCUGGUGCAGGGGACAGAAUGAGACCCGGCUGAGCGCAAUACAUGCAUCGAGGCAGAGAAGCACCGGGCCUGCAGAGGAAGCCAUGGAGACCACCAGCAGCACCCCUGUGACCCCCCCGUGGGACGUGUUCCCCCAGAGGACACUGGAAGCCGUGGACAUCGCUGUCCUUGUGCUGUACUUCGUGUUCGUCCUCGCGGUUGGGCUGUGGUCCAUGUGGAAGACGCAGCGCAGCACUGUGAAAGGCUACUUCCUAGCUGGAGGCCAGAUGGUUUGGUGGCCUGUGGGCGCAUCCCUGUUUGCCAGCAAUGUUGGAAGCGGCCACUUCAUCGGCCUGGCUGGGUCAGGAGCCGCCUCGGGAAUUGCCGCAACAGCCUAUGAGUGGAAUGGGAUGUUCUCUGUCCUGGUGCUGGCCUGGCUGUUCCUGCCGAUUUACAUCGCAGCGGGGGUUACCACCAUGCCAGAGUACUUGCAGAAACGUUUUGGAGGCAAAAGAAUCCAGAUGUUCCUGGCGAUUCUCUAUUUGUUCAUCUACAUCUUCACCAAAAUAUCAGUUGACAUGUAUGCUGGGGCCCUCUUCAUCCAGCAAGCCUUACACUGGGACCUCUACAUCGCUGUGGUGGGCUUGCUGGCCAUCACGGCCGUUUACACCGUUGCAGGUGGCCUGGCCGCAGUGAUCUACACGGACGCGCUGCAGACCUUCAUCAUGCUCAUCGGGGCUGUGACUCUCAUGGUCUUCAGCUUUGUUGAAGUUGGUGGUCUUGAAGGCUUGCAGACAAAAUACUUCGAUGCCAUUCCCAGCUCCCGCAAGGAGAACAGCAGCUGCGGCUUGCCAAGGAAAGACGCUUUCCACAUAUUCCGAGACCCUGUUAACUCCGACCUCCCCUGGCCAGGGGUGCUGGUGGGAAUGACCAUCCCGUCCCUGUGGUACUGGUGCACAGAUCAGGUCAUUGUGCAGAGGUCCCUUGCUGCUAAAAACCUCUCCCAUGCCAAAGGAGGCUCCCUGAUGACCUCCUACCUGAAAAUCCUGCCCCUCUUCAUGAUGGUGAUGCCGGGCAUGAUCAGCAGAAUUCUCUUCCCAGACCUGGUGGCUUGUGCAGAUGCAGAAAUCUGCCGGAAAGUCUGUGGCAACCCAUCGGGCUGCUCCGAUAUCGCUUAUCCCAAGCUGGUCCUAGAGCUGCUGCCUACAGGACUCAGGGGCCUGAUGAUGUCGGUGAUGAUCGCAGCUCUCAUGUCCUCCCUGACUUCCAUCUUCAACAGUGCCAGCACCAUCUUCACCAUGGACCUCUGGAAGCACUUCCGUCCCCGGUGCUCCGAGUGGGAGCUCAUGAUUGUUGGCAGGGUCUUUGUGCUGCUGCUCACUGUGGUCUCCAUCCUGUGGAUCCCCCUGGUUCAGGCUGGCCAGGGAGGGCAGCUCUUCAUCUACAUCCAGUCCAUCAGCUCCUACCUGCAGCCCCCCGUGGCGAUGGUGUUCAUCCUGGGCUGCUUCUGGAAAAGAGCUAAUGAAAAGGGCGCGUUCUGGGGCCUGGUGAUUGGGCUGCUGCUGGGCAUCAUCCGGCUGGUGCUGGACUUCAUCUACCCCGAGCCCCAGUGCGGAGAGAGCGACCUGCGCCCGGGCCUGGUGAAGUACAUGCACUACCUCUACUUCUCCAUGGUCCUGGCCACCAUCUCCACGCUGACCGUGCUGGUCGUGAGCCUGCUCACCGAGCCCCCCUCGGAGGAAAUGAUAAGUCGGCUUACCUGGUUCACACGUGGGGAUCCACCAGCCAAGACAGACCUAGCACUCAGCCCUUCCCCUGAUGCUGCCAAAGGAGUGUGUGAAGCUGAGCGCCCAGCUCUCCAGCUUGAUAUAAGCAUUGCUCCUGACAAUAGUUCAGAUGAUAAUAAAUGUCCCACUAACAGCAAAGGGGACUCCAAGCUGCUCACCACCCUCCUGUGGCUCUGCGGGAUGGAGCGCAAGCAGCCCAGCACCGAGACCACGGCACCGGCCAAACCCGAGCCGCUCCCCAGGGCUUGCCUAGAGGAGAAGCCGCUGGUGAAGCACGUCCUCAACAUCAACCUGCUGCUGUGCGUGUGCGCCGGCAUCUUCCUCUGGGCGUACUUCGCGUAGCGCUCGG